AUCGUAGUUGCGAAACCUUAAUAGAGAUUGUCUUUCAAUCAAUAGUACCAAUUGUUGUCGAAAACAUUUGUGUAAGAAUCCGUCAAACUGUUGAACCAAUAAAAUCCUUUUGGUUUAUAUUGUUUAUUCAACUGAUGAAUCAGACUUUCAUCCACCAAAGACCUGAUUUAAGACUCACAAAUAUAGAAUUAGCAAUGAAAUGAAACAUAAGAGAGAGAAGAAUGAGAACCUUGAACAUGAGAAUUUUAAUGGGGAAAGCAACUAUACUUGUUCAUUUAAUUGUUUCACUCCACAUACAAAAAAUCUACACAACUGAAAUUGACUUGAUUUCAGAUUCAAGGUUCUUGACUGAAGCUGACACUUUGGUCUCACCAACCGGAAUUUUUGAACUUGGGUUUUUCAGGCCAGAAACCUCUGAGAACAAAUACAUUGGUAUUUGGUACAAGAAAUCCGUUCAAACAGUGGUUUGGGUCGCCAACAGAGACUUCCCACUCCCUGGUGCAUCAUCGGGCAUACUGAAGAUCAUCUCUCCAGGAAAUCUUGUCCUCAUUAACGACACUAAUGAUGUAGUAUGGUCAACCAAUACAACGUCAUCAGUCAACGCAAUUGCACAGCUUGACGACAACGGAAAUCUAAUUCUAAAAGAAAUAAUCGAUGAGAAGAUUCUCUGGCAAAGUUUUGAUUAUCCAACCGAUACACUUCUACCUGGCAUGAAGUUAGGGAGAAGUUUCUUGACGGGUAAGGAAUGGCAUCUAUCUUCAUGGAAGAGUAAUCAAGAUCCAGCUCCAGGUGAAUUCACAUGGAGCACUGACACAAACGGCUUUCCUCAGAUCCUACUUAAACAAGCUACAUCAAUCAGGUUUCGGAUUGGACCAUGGAAUGGUAUAUGGUUUAGUGGGGGUUCUGGGGUCAACCGGAACAUCAUUAAUGCAGACAUGGUAAUUAAUGGAACCGAAGUGGUUUACAGUUAUCUUCUUCGCAAUAGUUCUGUAGUCUCAAGACUCGUAUUGAGUUCCUCUGGCCAGCUAGAACGUUGGGUCUGGGUGGCUGAUGGAAUGAAAUGGCAGCUUUUCUUUCAGUUACAAAGAGAUUUCUGUGAUGGAUACAACAUCUGUUAUGCUUAUGGAACCUGCAGCGUUUUGAACUCACAAAGAUGUGGUUGUUUAGAUGAGACAAGGUUUGUGCCCAGAAACCAGAAGGGAUGGGAGAUAGCAGAUUGGUCGGGUGGUUGUGUGAGGCGAACACCAUUGGAUUGCAGAACAGAUGGGUUUAUCAAGUAUUCUCAUGUGAAAUUGCCGGAUUCACGGACUUCAUGGUAUAACAUGACAAUGAGCAGGAAUGAAUGUGAAGAAAAAUGCAUCAAGAAUUGUAGUUGUAUGGCGUAUUCAGAUACAGACAUCAGAGGUGAAGGAAGCGGCUGCUUGCUUUGGUUCAAUGAUCUUAUGGACAUAAGAGUCUUCUCUCAGAGCAAUAAUGGGCAGGAUAUUUUUGUAAGAAUGGCUUCCUCAGAAUUAGUUCACGAGAAGCAGGAGAGAGCAAACCUCAAGAUCAUCUUACCGGUAGUUUUUCUUGGGGUUCUUCUGAUAGGCUUGAGCUCUACAUGGUUCCAUUACGCAUGUAGAAAAAGGCAUGAUCAACAACUGAGUGAAGGGGAAUUCUUGGAUGUUGGUCAAAGCCAGAGAGAUACAAUGGAGCUACCAUUAUUUAGCUUUUCUACAUUAGCUAGAGCUACUGCUAGUUUUUCACUAAAUAAUAAAAUUGGAGAAGGUGGAUUUGGAUCAGUUUAUAAGGGUGUGUUAGAAGAAGGAUUGGAGAUUGCAGUUAAGCGUCUAUCUACGACUUCAAGCCAAGGACUUGAUGAGUUUAAGAAUGAAGUCAUUUGCAUUUCAAAACUUCAGCACCGAAAUCUUGUUAGACUCCUCGGAUGUAGCAUAUUGGGAGAUGAAAAGUUGUUGAUCUAUGAGUACAUGCCAAACAGAAGCUUAGACUUGUGUUUAUUUGAUAAGACACGAAGCACCCAACUUGACUGGACAACCCGUUUUAACAUUAUCAAAGGAAUUGCUCGAGGACUCCUUUAUCUGCAUCAAGAUUCACGAUUAAGAAUCAUCCAUAGAGAUCUCAAAGCUAGCAAUGUUUUACUUGAUAAAGACAUGAACCCUAAGAUAUCAGACUUUGGGAUGGCUAGAAGCUUUGGAGGAAACGAGUCUCAAGCAAACACACAGAGAGUUGUUGGCACAUAUGGUUAUAUGUCCCCGGAGUAUGCAUUAGAUGGUGUUUUCUCAUUCAAAUCCGAUGUAUUUAGCUUUGGUGUUUUAGUGCUAGAGAUAGUGAGUGGAAAGAGAAACAGGGGAUUCAUUCAUUCUGAACAUGAAAAUAACCUCCUUGGACAUGCAUGGAGAAUGCAUAACGAAGGCAGGUCAAUGGAACUUAUUGAUACGACUUUAGGCCAAUCAAGCAAUUCAUCAGAAGUUAUAAGAUCAAUUAUAGUGGGGUUGUUAUGUGUUCAGCAAAGCCCAAAUGACAGGCCAAACAUGUCAUCUGUUGUUUUAAUGUUGGGCAACGAGGGUAUACUGCAGAAACCGAAGCAACCAGGUUUUUUCGUAGAAAGGAUCUUACAUGGUGGGGAUAUUUCUUCAAGCAGUUACCCAACGAGUUCAACCAACGAUUUAACUGUUACAGAGGUAGUUGCUCGAUAGAAAGAACAUAUAUGGCUUCAACUUCAAGUCUUGUUGUUUUUGUUUUCGUUAGCUCCUUCAAAUAUACAACUAUCUAUUAUCUCUGUUUCAAAACUUAUCUACCACAAUGGUUUAGUGUCAAAAAGAUAGUUUAAUUAUGCGUUUUUUGGUUGAAAAAAAAUUAACAUGAAGCCUACUUUUGAGCUUAAUAAGUUUACAUUCCCGAUAUCCGAUUUGCGAGUGCGAUAUGCCAACUAAAAGAAUUAGUUACAAACAACGCAUUUUAG